AUGUCGGUGCGCGCGUUGACGUUGGAACGACUUCCUGAUGCAGCGUGGGCCCAGCUGUGUUUUGUUAGUGCGAUGGACUCGCCAGCGGUGGAGACAGCGCAGCGCCGCUCCAAACGCAAGCUUCAGAAGCACAACAGUCAGCCGCGGGACGUGGAACUCCGGGACGUUCUCUGUGUGGUGGGCGGAUGGGCACGGCGUCCAGUGCCUUUGGAGACACAGGAGUUUCAGGGCUGUCGGAUGACAGCUGUUUCGUCCAGCGGGCUGUGGUUGCCGCAGGUGUUGCAAGGCUUCUGCCGCACCGAAGCCCUGGGAAGUCUCUUGCGCCAGCUUAGCUCUGAUCUGCAGCGAUGCGUCUCGGAGGCGGAGUCCCAGUCCAAGAAUGCGCAGCAGGCUCGAGCAGUGGCAGGGCGGGAGGACUUGUUCUCGGAGGGGGAGGCGGAGAGCAGUGGUGGAGAGCACGGCGGGGAGGUCCCGUCCGGAUCGAAGCAAGCUUCGCGCAAGCUUUUUCGAGAACCGCACUGCAUCUCAUUUCGCGGUUCGGAGCUCACCGUUGCAUGGCGACGGAAGGUGCUCUUCGUCGAGGCCACUUCCAAGUCCGUGGCGGCACUCGUGAGCAUCAUCAAAAGCUACACGAAGACGGACGUCGAGAAAUGCCCGCCUGCGAAGGCCGAGUCAAGCGAACUGGAUGCCAAGAAUGAGAACACGAAGGAGAUCCGCUGGUUGUUCGGUCCGAAGAGUUGGUGCAUCCACUAUGAAGACGAGAAGGGGAAGCAACGCAGUUCGAGCAGAGGCCUUGCUGUUCCCAGUACAAAUUUUAAAGGCGAAGCUCUCCAGUCCGAGGAAUACAUGCGCGUGCGGGAGGAUGUUCGCAUCAAGGCCCUGCGGCUGUGGAACAGCUUGGACCGUAGUGAUCGCGAGCGCUUCCCAGUCACGUGA